UGAAGCGCGGCGACAGUGAAGCGACGAUGGCGAGCGCUGCAGCGAAACAGCCCUCGAAAAAUGCCACUAAAGGCUCUGCUGGAGCUGGUGGCGGAGCCGCCGCCGGUGGUGCCGCAGUACCUUUGGCGUCUCCACUUAUGGGUGGCCUCAACAAAAAGAAGAAGCCGUUUCUGGGCAUGCCAGCGCCCCUUGGUUACGUACCUGGUCUCGGCAGAGGAGCCACUGGUUUCACAACACGAUCGGAUAUCGGUCCGGCUCGAGAUGCCAACGACCCUGUGGACGACCGUCAUGCUCCUCCGGGGAAGAGAACGGUGGGCGAUCAGAUGAAGAAGAACCAGGACGACGACGACGAGGAUUUGAACGACACCAACUACGAUGAGUUCAAUGGCUAUGCUGGUAGCCUGUUCUCCAGCGGGCCUUAUGAGAAGGAUGAUGAAGAGGCUGAUGCCAUCUACGCAGCACUGGACAAGCGAAUGGACGAGAGACGGAAGGAGAGAAGGGAGCUGAGAGAGAAGGAGGAGAUAGAGAAGUAUCGUAUGGAGCGGCCCAAGAUCCAGCAGCAGUUCUCUGAUCUAAAGAGGAAGCUGGCUGAGGUAACAGAAGAGGAGUGGCUGAGCAUUCCAGAUGUGGGUGAUGCCCGGAACAAGAGACAAAGGAAUCCACGCUAUGAGAAACUCACGCCUGUACCUGACAGCUUCUUUGCCAAGCACCUCCAAACUGGAGACAACCACACCACUGUUGACCCCCGUCAAGGGCAAUUUGGUGGUUUGAACACACCCUUCCCUGGGGGCUUAAACACUCCAUACCCAGGAGGCAUGACACCAGGGGCCGGAGAGCUGGACAUGAGGAAGAUCGGCCAGGCCAGAAACACUCUAAUGGAUAUGAGGCUCAGUCAGGUCUCUGACUCGGUGAGUGGGCAGACAGUGGUGGACCCUAAAGGCUAUCUCACAGACCUAAACUCCAUGAUCCCUACACAUGGAGGUGACAUCAGUGACAUUAAAAAGGCACGCUUGCUGCUGAAGUCGGUGAGAGAGACGAACCCUCACCACCCUCCUGCUUGGAUAGCCUCAGCACGUCUAGAGGAGGUGACGGGCAAACUGCAAGUGGCUAGAAACCUCAUCAUGAAAGGGACUGAAAUGUGUCCCAAGAGCGAGGAUGUGUGGCUGGAGGCCGCACGACUGCAGCCGGGAGACACCGCAAAGGCGGUGGUGGCACAGGCCGUGCGCCAUCUACCUCAGUCUGUGCGCAUCUACAUCCGAGCAGCCGAGCUCGAGACCGACAUCAGGGCCAAGAAGCGCGUGCUGAGGAAAGCUCUGGAGAACGUAUCCAAGUCGGUGCGUCUGUGGAAGACCGCGGUGGAGCUGGAGGAGCCGGAGGAUGCCAGGAUCAUGCUGAGCAGAGCCGUGGAGUGCUGCCCGACCAGCGUGGAGCUCUGGCUCGCCCUGGCUCGGUUAGAGACGUACGAGAAUGCCAGGCGGGUUCUGAACAAGGCCCGUGAGAACAUCCCUACUGACCGGCACAUCUGGAUCACUGCCGCUAAGCUGGAAGAGGCCAAUGGCAACACCCAGAUGGUGGAGAAGAUCAUAGACAGAGCCAUCACCUCGCUGAGAGCUAACGGGGUGGAGAUCAAUCGCGAGCAGUGGAUUCAGGAUGCUGAGGAGUGUGAUAAGGCUGGCAGCGUGGCCACGUGUCAGGCGGUGAUCAGAGCUGUGAUUGGCAUCGGCAUUGAAGAAGAAGACUGCAAACACACCUGGAUGGAGGAUGCAGAGAGUUGUGUAGCUCAUAAUGCCCUGGAAUGCGCCCGUGCCAUCUACGCCCAUGCUCUGCAAGUCUUUCCCAGCAAGAAGAGCGUGUGGCUUCGAGCAGCUUACUUUGAAAAAAGCCACGGCACGCGAGAAUCUCUGGAGGCUCUUUUACAGAGGGCAGUGGCUCACUGUCCUAAGGCAGAGGUUCUGUGGCUGAUGGGGGCCAAGUCUAAGUGGCUGGCUGGAGACGUCCCUGCGGCCAGGAGCAUUCUGGCACUGGCCUUCCAGGCCAACCCCAACAGUGAAGAGAUCUGGCUGGCUGCAGUGAAGCUGGAGUCGGAGAACAAUGAAUACGAGAGAGCCCGCAAGCUGCUGGCCAAAGCGCGCAGUAGUGCCCCGACUGCCAGGGUGUUCAUGAAGUCUGUGAAGCUGGAGUGGGUGCUGGGGAACAUUGCAGCAGCCCAGGAGCUGUGCUCAGAGGCCCUAAAGCACUAUGAAGACUUCCCCAAACUCUGGAUGAUGAAGGGCCAGAUUGAGGAACAGUCAGAAAAUAUGGACAAGGCCCGAGAAGCCUACAAUCAGGGGCUGAAGAAGUGUCCCCACUCCAUGCCUCUGUGGCUGCUCCUCUCCCGCCUGGAGGAGAGAGUGGGUCAGCUUACCCGGGCCCGUGCCAUCCUGGAGAAAUCUCGCCUCAAGAACCCACAGACCCCUGAGCUGUGGCUGGAGUCAGUUCGACUAGAAUACAGAGCAGGCCUCAAGAAUAUCUCCAACACGCUAAUGGCCAAAGCCUUACAGGAAUGCCCCAGCUCAGGCAUCCUUUGGGCCGAAGCUGUUUUCCUGGAGGCCAGACCACAGAGAAAGACGAAGAGUGUCGAUGCGCUGAAGAAAUGCGAGCAUGACCCUCAUGUUCUUCUGGCUGUUGCAAAGUUAUUUUGGAGCGAAAGAAAGAUUACCAAAGCUAGAGAAUGGUUUUUGCGCACGGUGAAGAUUGAGCCAGACCUGGGCGAUGCCUGGGCCUUUUUUUAUAAGUUUGAGCUUCAACAUGGGACAGAGGAGCAGCAAGAAGAGGUAAAGAAACGCUGUGAGAACGCUGAACCCCGCCAUGGAGAGCUCUGGUGCACAGAGUCUAAACACAUCCUCAACUGGCAGAAGAAGAUUGGCGAGAUCCUUGUUCUUGUGGCUGUCAAGAUUAAGAACACCUUCUAAACAGGGACUGAGACGCACACUGACACACCCAUGCCAUGUGCCUGUGCAACUUUGUGUUAGUAAAUAUGUGCUUUUUUGGAGGCUCUGUGGAUAAGGAGUAUUUUUGUCUUAUUGUCGAGCGAGUUUGCGGCAUGUCACUCUUUCUGUUUAGAUAUAGACAGGAUGAUACAGCUCUAGGUUGAUAUUUUUAUUGUCAAGCAUCAGCAGCUUCUUAAAAACAAAUUGUGAUAUGUAGUCUAACAUCAUUAGGUAUAGUUGUAAUGAAGACAUUUGAUGUCCACCUCCUCGAUUAGAGUUGGUGUUUUCAUUCAUUUAUGUUUGUCAUGAAGCUUAUCUGUACAUUUCCAACAAACUGAACAAUAAAUGAUUUGAGGUGAGUGAGCUGAUGUAAAUUUAUAAGAUUUCUCUGUUGAUUUUUAUUAAAUAAGCUUAAGUAACA